GUGGGCGACGGGCAGUGGAGAGUGAGUACCACUCGGAAUGAGGUUCUGCUGGUGAGGGGUGGCCGCCCGGGGAGCGCCAAGGCAUUGAAAGGGCUUUGCCUCAUUCCACCCACCGCACUGGAGAAUGAAUCACUUUGAGCUGCUGAGUCUUGCUGCCCGUACCACGAUUAAGGGUUCUCUGAAACAUUACAAUGGCACGUAUUUGAAAGAACUGGUAUCCUCGCAUCGCGGUUUUGGUACUUCCCUGUGCCUUGGUUACCAGAAAAAAAAGCUGAGUGAGUAUGAUCAGGUAAACCACGAGAGGUACACCUCGCUGGUCCGCUCGGUGGUGUCAACGAAGGUCAGUCCGCAGACCCCCGAGACCCUGCUGGGAGAGGACACGCUGCUGUAUGGACCUGUAGUCAGAUCAAGGCCGGCUGUAGGAGACCCGGUGCCGGAGAGCCUCCCAAACCCGUAUCCCUUCCUGGACGCCGGAGGGCCGUGUCGGCGGCCCGAGCCGGGACCUGCGGCCGGGACACCGCUGCGGAUUCCCCUGCGGAGGAACGGUGCCGAGCCCAGGCUGGCCAGCGUGACGCAGGUGCUGCACAUGACCGUCAGCUUGGAGCAGGCCUUCUACCUGGAGCGAUGGAGGCGCAGGAUGACCAAGGAGCUGGGCCCCGAGGGCUUUGCAGCCUACACCAAGAACAUUCUCAAUCGAGGGCAGCUUUUCCAUUCGGCAUUGGAGGAUGCUCUUCUCUCAUCCCGUAUUCCAGAGACUGAUAAUGAGGAUGUGGCGGGCUACUUGCAGAGUGUCAAGGGUGUCCUGGACGAUGUAACAGGGACCAGAGUGUUGGAGAGUGCAGUGAAGCACCUGCCCUUACAGUACACCGGCCUGCUAGACUGUGUGGCAGAGUAUCAGGGCAAGCUGUGCGUCAUUGACUGGAAAACGUCGGAGAAACCGAAGCCGUACUUUCGAAACACGUUUGACAACCCGCUGCAGGUGGCAGCUUAUGCCGGCGCCCUCAACCACGAUGACAACUACGACUUCCAGGUUGAGGAGGGGCUGAUCGUGGUGGCGUACAGAGAUGGCCGUCCGGCACACGCACACUUCAUGGAUCCGCCGCUGCUCCUCGUCUGCUGGCAGAGGUGGCUGCUCCGGCUACACACGUACCGGCAGAAGAUGGCCGCUCCCACCUGAGGGGGGUCUGACGACCGGAGGACACCGCUGUGGCUGGGCAUCCCGGACCACUGUGUGUGAUGCAGCGGGCCGGGCACUGUGAAGGGCUGAUCUUCAUCGCUGCAACCGAGACGGGGGAAAGGGCAAGUUUUCUGCUGCUGCAUUAAAUAUGAAUGCAGUACAUUCUGUAUGGUUUCUUAUGUUGCAGCUACAUCACUAUCAGUUUCCAAAAUACUGAUGGAUAAUGGGUAAGCCACUUAAGGUAGAGAUGAGGAGAAAUUAUUUCUCCUUGAGAGUGGUGAAUUUAUGCCUUUCUCUGGAAAUACAGCACAGAAAAAGGCCAUUCAGCCCAUCGAGUCUACCCCACCAUCGAUCACCCGUUCACACUUGUUCUGUUCUCCCAUUUUCCUAUCCACUCCUUACACAUUAGGGGCAAUAUGCAGAGGGCCAAUUAACAAACACAGGAAGAACGUGCUAACUUCACACUGGCAGCACGGAAGGUCAGGAUUUUACCCAGGUCUCUGGCGCAGUGAGGCAGCAGCUCUACCAACUGCACACUGUGCUGCCCGAGGAGGGGCAGUUACUUUCUCCACCAUAGAAAGUAAUUGCAUCCAGAGACAAAUUAAACUGUAGGGGCUGGAUCUUGAACAAAACACAAAGUGCUGGAGGAACUCAGUACAUCAGGCAACAUCCGUGGAGGGAUUGGACAGGCAAUGUUUCAGAGACUGAAGGAAAGGUCCCAGUCUCUCCACAAAUGCUGCCUGUCCCACUGAGUUCCUCCAGCACUUUGAGAUUUGUUCCUAAUCUCAUUGCAGGCCAUGCACUGAGUCAGUGUCAGACAGGGAGCCGCUAAACCACUCAGAGAACCUGCCUAGACACAGAAUGUGGUAAAUAUGACUGGCUGUAGCAAAUAUCGCUUGCAAUAACAACUCUACACUUUUAUUAAGGGAAAGUCGUUCCCUGUAAAUGAAGAGAAAUACAACAAAGCUACCCAGAAGUGACCCAGAUGAUUCCGCAGAAUUGUUACAACAGGAGGGGGGUGGGGGGGGGGGAGAUUAAGCCUAUCAAGUCUGUGCCACCUCUUGGCAUGACCAGUCCACGCUCUUCCCCCCCCCCCCGUGACCCUGGGCAUAAAUCCCAUUCCAAACACCACAACACCACGACCACUCCCUGCCUACAAAUGUGUGCUUCAUAUCACUCCCAACACUCCUAUUCUUUUGUCCAUCAUUUUCAUCCUGUAUCUGCCAGUUUUACCACUAUUUCACCAACAUUUGAAAAACACUUGGACAGGAGAGGAGAGGGAAGUCGGUUUGCUGGAACUGCUUCAGUGCAUCGAGGGCAUGGGCCGACCAGACUUUGGACUUUGAAUAAUGGCACUGAAAAUGGUGCCGCCUGCAAGUGUAAUAUAUGCAAAAAGAA